GGGGUGUGCAAAAAGUUAGAGGUGAAGCGGAGCCUGCCUGGGCUCCCUGUCCGGGCGACGCAAAAAGGGGAUGGGUUCGUCACGAGGACUUCCCGGAAGGUCACCCAUUCCGGUACUAGGUAUUCUCGCCCACAGGCGUUUAGCUUCGGAGGUCUGAUGGGAUCCGGCGCAAUAGCCUAGGUAUGAACGAACCACGCCUUGGAAGUUGGAGCUUGCAUGGCCACUGCAGCCUCAGGAGGCCAGUGGAGGCUGGAGCACUAAGACUUACAGGGUCCUAGGCGCUUCAGCUUGGAUUUAUCAGGUAUCAGCUUCAAAACGCCCCAGCCUUCUUGAAAGCAGUCUAGACCAUGUAACACGCGACAGCAUUGCCCUAGCGUUGGCUGCUCCGCCCAAAAUGGGUGAUAUUUUGGACCCAGACUUCAACGAGGUGGCGUUUGGGGAUGACAGCAAGCACACGUGGCAUGCUACGCCCGUGCUUGAUCCGGGCCUUUCGCACUACCACUUUGGGCCAUUCCCUGAGAUCGAGGCGCCACUCUUGCAAGGCGAAGUCCAGGAUGUGCACUUUCCAAACCUCGAGGAGCGCCCCGACUUGCCUCAGGAGGGGGCCGGAGACCCAAUGAGCCGGCGCGACGAGCGGGGGGUCCAGUUCGACAUGGUCGAUUCGAUCAUUCGAAUUACGCUGUACAAAGCGCUGGUUCCUAUAGUCCAGCUGGCGUUCGUCGGAAGACUUGGGGUGACGGCCCUCGCGGGGGCGUCGGUCGCGAUGAGCGUCGCGAACCUGACGGGGUUUCUGACGAUGGCGGGGUUUGCAGGCACGAUGGAGCGCAUGGCCAUCCAAUCGUUCGGCCACGGGGGCGGGAAGCUAGUCGCUCUUGGGACGGUCGCCCAAAAGACGUGCUUCCUUUCUCUCCUCGCGUGCAUUCCGGUCGGCUUCCUGUGGCUCCACGCGGAACGGCCGCUGUCGUUCCUCGUGAGAGAUCCGGGAGUGGCGGAAGGUGCGGCGGUGUAUCUGAAAUGGCUGGUGCUUGCGCUGGUCGCGUCGGCGGGGUUGUAUCCGGCCACGCAAUACCUCCGGAUACAGAACGUCAACUUCCCCCUCGGCAUGGCCUCCUUCCUAACGCUCCUCUUCUACGUCCCCGCCAACUGUGUCCUCGUCCACUACUUCGACCUGGGCCUGCAAGGCGCCGCCGCCGCGCUCUCUUCCGCCCGCGCUGCUCCGGCAAACGUGGUCGGGGUGGUCCCCCGAGGCCCUCCGCGGCUGGCGCCAGUUCUGGGCAUGACCGUGUGGAACACGGUUCCGGUCGGGCUUGACUGGUUUGCGCACGAGCUGCUGUUACUGCUCCCCUGCGCGCUGCCCGACCUCGCGCAUCAAGUGGCGGCCAGCGCCGUCUGGUUCCAGACGGUCAAGCUGUGUGUCGUGCUGCCAAGAAUCCUGAGCACUUCUCUCACUGUCCGGCUGACAAACGAGCUCGCCGCCCAAAAGCCCGGCCGCGCGCGCCUCGCCUGCAACACCGCCGUCGCGUCAACCUUCCUCUACGGACUCAUUCUCCUGAUCCUCCUACUUUCAAUACACGGACACUGGGGAAAGCUGUUCAUCCCGUAUCAAACGGACGGCCCCGGACACGAUUCGGACGCAAUGGGGGCCAAAUCGUACGGCUCCGGACGCGGUUCGGACGCCAUCGGACGGCUGCUGGACGAGGUGGCGCCGUACGCGGCGGUGCUGCAGUUCUUUGAGAGUUUGCAGAUUGUGCUGCAAGGUUUCUUGAAGGGCACCGGACAGGAGCUCGCGGGGCGGACCAUCGACCUCCUCUCUAAGUAUGCCGCCGGCGUGCCGAUUAUGCUCGUGCUGACGUAUUUCGGAUUCGGACUAAAGGGCAUUUGGCUCGGAACCAUCUUAGGACAAGCCGGCCAAGUCGCCUUCCUCUACUUCGUAAUGCUCAUGACCGACUGGAGCUACGAGGUCGAAAAGACUGCAGAGAUCAUCCAGAAGAGCUGAUUGCAAGAAUGAGCUCCCCGUAGGCAAUCAGAGUGGGCGGCAAAUUGCUCGCCCACAGAAAACGUCCGUUAAGAAGGGUGUCACGCAUCAAAAGAACCAGCAUAUAAGAGCAUGUCCGCUUCUGCUUCUGAGUUUGAGCAUGCGUGAAAGCUGCUGAUAAGACGAUCAAUGUCGAAAGAUGCUUCGCUUAGUGUGCGUUUAAAGCAGCGGUAUUUCAACUUUCAAUGUUGGAUCUGUAGAUAAGCCUGUAGCAUUGAGAAUUGGUCAAAGCCCCAGUACGCUUUUCCC